AUGGCGCUGUUUUCUGCAGCGGCAAAAGGAGACGUCCAGAAGAUACAAUCAUUAAUCGACUCAGAAGACAAGUCAGAGGAUUCGGGAGGAGUUGAUGUAAACUGCACGGAUAUAUUUGGCAGGACACCACUCCACAUUGCUUCAGAAAAUGGACAUUUGCAAACGGUUAAAUGCCUUACCCAUCAUGGAGCAAAAGUGAAUGUAAUCGAUGCUAACCUACAGACAUCGGUUCACUUAUGCUCAAAGAAAGGCCAUCUUCAUGUGAUAGAGCUGUUAGUGAACGAAGGAGCAUAUAUUGAAAUUGAUGACAAAGAUGGGUUUACAGCUCUUCACAUAGCAUCAUUCGAGGUCGUCGAGUAUAUCUUGUACAAAGGAGCAGGCAUUGGCAUUGGUGAUAAAGCUCUUCACAUAGCAUCACUCGAGGGUCAUCUUGAUAUUGUCAAAUACCUUGUUAGUAAAGGGGCAGAGCUGGAGAGACUUGAUAAUGAUUACUGGACACCUUUACACCUUGCUUUAGACGGUGGCCAUCUUGACAUUGCAGAGUACCUUUUGACAAAAGGAGCCAACAUUAACACGUGUAGUAAAGGUGGAUAUACAGCUCUUCAUACUGCAUCAAAAGCUGGUAAUAUUGAUAGAGUAAAAUAUCUAUCCAGUCAAGGAGCACAGCUGGAUAGAAGCGCUGACGAUGGAUGGACCGCACUUAGUUUGGCUUCAUUUUGGGGACACCUUGAUAUUGUCAAAGUUCUAGUUAACGGAGGGGUAGAGAUUGACAAUGAACCCAGGAACGGGAUGACACCCUUGUUUCUCGCAGCAAAAAGAGGCCAUUUGGGUAUUGUCGAGGUCUUACUGAACGUAGGAGCAAAUAUUGAUAACUGUAAUCGAGACGGGUUAACAGCACUCCACAUCGCAUCGUCCAAUGGACACGUUGAAAUAGUGCAUCAUCUUGUUAGCAAAGGGGCACAGCUUGACAAAUGUGACAAAACCGGCAGGACACCCAUCUCUUGUGCUUCUCAGGAAGGCCAUCUUGAAGUCAUCGAGUAUAUCGUGAACAAAGGAGCAGGCAUUGAAAUUAGUGAUAAAGAUGGGUUUACAGCUCUUCACAUCGCAUCAUUCAAUGGUCAUCUUGAUAUUGUCAAAUACCUUGUUAUGAAAGGGGCGCAGCUUGACAAAUGUGACAAGAAAGGCAGGACACCCUUGUCUUGUGCUUCUCAAAAAGGUCACCUUGAAGUCGUCGAGUAUAUCGUGAACAAAGGAGCUGGCAUUGAAAUUGGUGAUAAAGAUGGGGUUACAGCUCUUUAUAAAGCAUCAUUCAAUGGUCAUCUUGAUAUUGUCAAAUACCUUGUUAGUAAAGGUGCAGACCCGGGGAAACUUGCUAAUGAAGAGGACCACUAUGACUACCUUCGCAGUACUUUUGGUGGUGAGGCUCUCCCUAGCUUUAUGCCCCACUCAUACUCCCCACCAUACGAUCCAUAUCUUACCAGUCCACGAGACAGCUCUAGCUCCUCGAGGAAGAGUAUCACAGAAGAGACAAAGAUUAUAAGUCUGGACGAGUACAGCAUCAAGGUUCCAAUUUCACCAGACGAUGUGGACAAAGCCACAUAUAUCACAGCAGAAGCAUUGACAACCAUUCCACCUGACUUAAAGCUGGAAAAAGACGAAGUUAUCAUCUCAGUUGGGCUCAAGCUAUCUCCUCCUGGUCUUCAGUUUAAAACUCCGGUAGAAGUCACGGUCUCGCAUAGCGCUAUUUUCACCAACCCAGACAAGGCAGAAAUUGUGCUAUACACCCAAAGAACUGAGUCUGAUGAAUUUUCAAGGAUAGUUCUUGCUUCUGACAAAGCUGAUCGGUGUGUAGUCGCCAAAAAUCACCUUACUCUGUACUUAGAUCAUUUCUCGGAAUGGUGGAUUAUCUCCUUAAUCAGGAGAUACUUCAUCGGUAAACGGCUCAUCUGUACGCCCUACGUUCCCCUGUCAACAGCCAGAGAUGUCAUGAACUACAUCUUGCUAAUUAUUAAAGACGACUUCUGCGGCAUGAAAGAGGAUACCAUACAAGACUACAAGGUAGCCUUUCCUGGUGAGCAGUACUGUGUAUAUUGGGGACAAGGAACCCUAUUUGUCCGACAUUUGGAAAACGAAGACGAAGUGUCAACACAGGAACUUGAAGAAUGUGCUUUCUUUCACAUGACGACCCACCGGAUGCCGUUCACUCUUCAGCCACGUGAAGCAUCUGAAGUUCCCGUCAAAUUCAUCUUGAAGCAAAAAAUCACGAAGCGUAUCGCCUUCAAAGUACUGUACAACGGUAAUAUCAAGGGCAUGAACUCCUUUGGGGGUAGGGGUGGUUUAAAGACCUCCACUGGCACAAAAAAGCUUAUUCUUGUGCAGUUUUAG